AUGAGCCAGGGAGGUUGGAUAGGGACAUGGAGGCCUCAUCAUCCAAGAGGCCCAAUCAUGGCCCAGUAUACCAGUCCUGGCCCCAAGUAUUUCAUACCAGGAGCAACAGGUUACGUAUCGCACACCCCCACCAAAAGGAAAGCGCCUGCCUACAGCAUGUAUGGUGCAAAGCCUCCCUCUAGCAAGGACAAUGUUCCAGGUCCUUACUACGUGCAGGGUUCUAUGACUCAUAGAGGAAGGAAAGCUGCUCCCUCUUAUACAAUGGGUGGGCGAUCCAGAUCGAAAGUGGAGACUACCCCAGGUCCCGCCUGUUACUCACCCGAUAAGGCAAAAAAAGUUAUCUAUAAAGCUGCACCAAUGCAUUCCAUGGGAUAUCGGACUCAUGGAGGAAAGGUAGAUAGCACGCCAGGUCCUAACAAUUACAUGAUUCCAGAGGUGCUUGGGCCACACUCAGUGGCUACCUCAGCCAGCCCUUCCUAUUCUAUGACAGGAAAGAGUAAGCUUGGACGUUUUGAUGAAGACCUUCACAAGACCCCAGGUCCAGCAGCAUAUCACAAGCCCAAUGUAGAGAUCUACAAAAAGAGUGCACCAAAAUAUACCAUGGGAGGCAGAAUCAAAGAUCACAAAACCGAAAAAAUGCCUGGACCUGCAGACUACGAAUUAGGAAAGGUAUCUUGUGCUCCUGUAAUCAGUUUUGGAAUCAGACAUUCUGAUUAUACAACCCCUGUGAUUGUGGACGUUUACUGACUUUGUCCCCUGUGCGGAAAUCACAUUGGUUUUUCAACUUCUAUUUCUAUAUCAUGUUCCUCAUGUUUCAAAGCUACUUAUUUUUAAAGCUUCAAAACUAACCAACAGCUGUUUCACAAUGUUUUAUAACCACCUGUCUGGAAGGAUUACUACAAAUAUUCAGUAACUGAUUAUUGUUUGAGACUGAAGUUCUAAUC